AUGUGGAUGUCUGGACGAUACCCAUCAAGCUUUCGACGAAAUGCCCGUUCAAAACAUAGUAACCUGGAACGCCUUGGUUACCGCUUACGGCCAAAAUGGACGUGCGAAGGACGCAAUCAACUUGUUCGACGAAAUGCUUCGCAAAGGAAUCAAGCCAGAUUCAGUCACUUUCCUCAGCAUCCUCUCUGCUUGCAGCCACAACGGCUUCGUUGAGCAAGGGCUUCAAUACUUCCACGCCAUGAAAGAGCCGAGAAAGGAGCACUACGCCUGCGCGGUGGAUAUGCUGGGUCGUGUGGGGAGGUUUGAUGAAUUGGAGAGCUUGCUCCAUCAGAUGCCUUUUGAUGCCGAUGAAAUCAUAUGGAAUUCAGUUCUAAAUUCCUGCCGGAAACACCGAAACGAAAAGCUGGCAGCAAAAGCCGCGGAGAAGCUGUUUGCUAUGGAGCUCGGUGAUGCCGCCCCUUACAUAAUAAUGUCGAACAUCUACUCUCAAUCCGGGCGAUGGAACGAAGCCGCCGGCGUGAAGAAAAUGAUGAGGGAGCGAGGAGUCAAAAAGGAGAAAGGAUGUAGCUGGGUUGAGAUUAAGGAGAAGAUCUAUGUUUUCACAUCAGAUGAUGGGACGAAUCCAAGGAUUGGGGAAAUUAGGGCGAAACUGAAGGAAUUGGAAGUGGAGAUGGAAAAUAAAGGGUACAGACCUGAUACGAGCUGCUCGUUGAGGAACGUCGGCGAGGAGGGGACGAAGGCGGAAGCGUUGAAGCGGCAUAGUGAGCGGUUGGCGAUAGGAUUUGCGCUGAUUAGCACGCCGGCGGGGUCGACGAUUAGGGUUAUGAAGAAUUUGCGAGCUUGUGUUGAUUGCCAUGAGGCGAUCAAGGUGAUUUCGAAGAUUGUGGAGAGGGAAAUUAUUGUGAGGGAUAGUAGCCGGUUUCAUCAUUUUAAGAAUGGGAUUUGUUCUUGUGGUGAUUAUUGGUGAAUGAGAUGUUGGAAAGAAUUUUUUUAG